AUGUCCUGUCUGAUGGACGGGCCUCCUCCAGAUAUGGGUGGCGUGAUUGAGGAGCAGGAGCGACCGGGGCCGUCGACUUCGCGGCGGUCGUCAGCGAAGCUGGAGGAGAAGGAAACGACGACGACUACGGGAAGUUCCCUGGCGACGCCGCCGCGGGUGGAUGCUGGUGAUGAGCUGGGUGAAUUCGUGCCCUGGAUGGAGCGCCAGGUAGCUGGCGAGUGUGAAAACCAGCCAUCCUGUAACCAACUGCCCGGCUCGAACCAGGGCGUGCCGGGUUCCAACCUGCCGGGCCAAACCGCUUGGUGGUGCUACUGUUGCUCCAGCCGCGUCGCGGACGGACCACCCGGUGACCACUUCUGCUACAACCGUCUCGAUGACGGUGGCGUCAUCUGCAAUUACUGUGGCAAGGUCACCAAUCGCAUGCCCGACCUCCGCGUUCACUUCCGCAAAAUCGUCUACUGCAGACGAGUUCGCAAAAUCGUCAAAAGACACUACCGAGACUACCGAAAACAACUUGUUGCCACUGCCGAAGCCACGGCCAAUACUGAACCCAACCUCCAAUCCUAG